AUAUAUAUAAUUAUAUAUAUAUAUAAACUCUCCCCUCUUUUUCUCAUUCAUCAUUGUAAUGAUAUAGACUCGAAACCCAAAACCCUUUUUCACCGAGUAUUUCGUUUGUUGUUCAUUUCUCUUUUCUUUGUAUCGAAUAUAUUAGAUUUGGGUUUUUGAUUAGAUUGGAGUUUGAUUAGAUCGGAGUUUGAUUAGAUUCAUGGAAAAGGCGAGUCAACAGGGACAGGAUCGAAUCAAUCCUACGUCAACCUCACCGGUAUCUGUAUCUGUAUCUGCUGAUGGGACACCUGUUGGUCUGGAUAACUUGAUGGAACAGCCACUUUCACCCAAAGAUGAAAGGAUUGCUUCUGUGAAUACUUCUCGGGAUGCAACCAUCACAGAGCCUUCAAGGAAUGUCAUAGAUGCACCGGAAUCCUCUGAGAGAAGUGGAGCUCUUGCAACCGUCAAUCCACAAAAUACCUAUUCUUCUCAUGAACAACCUUUUUAUUAUGGAGGUUAUGAUAACAGCACAGGUAAUUGGGAUGAAUCUUCUCAAUAUGUUAAUGCCAAUGGUUUGCAAGUUGUCCCUCCGGCAAUGUACAACGACAAUCUCUCGCUUGUCUUUCAUUCUGGUUAUGGAUUUGAUACUCAAAUGGCAUAUGGACAAUAUUCCCCGUUGGCUAGUCCUCUGUCCCCAUUAAUGGUAGAUGGCCAGCUAUACUCUCCACAUCAAUUCCCUGUGUCUCCGCCUUAUUUUCCACAAUCAGUUUCGCCUGGUGCGGCACAUGUUACUUCAGCUCUUCCUAUUUCACAAACUGAGCUGAUGACACCGGGAAGUGGUGGCCAAGAGGGUCUCAAUAACAAUAUGCUUUUUGGGCCAGGAUCAGGAUACUUUGUACAUUUUGGAUCUUUUGGUGGAGGGGACCUUUCUGGAAAUGGCUAUAGCCCUGGUUUCUACAACUACCAGGGGGAUUUUGGAUCUGGUGAACUAUUGCCAAAUCAAUCAAAUCCUCGAGACACCGGCAGGUAUUUGUCCCCAAUGACAUCAGCAGCAGUUUAUCCCCAACCAAUUGGUAUACUUGGGUCUUAUGAGCACAAUGUUGGACAGAUUUCUCAACAACAGAGACAAUUUCAUGGAGUUGGAUUGGAAUCAGGUUCCUAUGCUAGAAGCCAUCGGCCUGGUGGCUCUUACCAGAGCUCAAACUAUGGUGGUGCAUCCAUUCCUGUUUGGGGAGCUAAUCAACAGAACCGACACACUCCUGAAAAAGGCGGAAGACGAGAAAGGGGCUCUGACUCUAUUUGCAUUUCUACUUAUUCACAUGGAAUCUCUGGUGAUCAUAAUCGGGGGCCUAGGGCUUCAAAGCAGAAGGACAAGAGCACUACUGAAUCUGCUAUUAGCAAAAAUAGUGCAUCUACUUCUGGGGAUCAUUUUAAUCUGUACAACCAUCCAGAUUUUACAACAAAUUAUGAGAAUGCCAAGUUUUUCAUCAUCAAGUCUUUUAGUGAAGACAAUAUUCACAAAAGUAUUAAAUACACCAUCUGGGCCAGCACUCCACUUGGGAACAGAAAACUAGACGCUGCUUAUCAUGAAGCGAAGGGGUCUAAGGGACAUUGUCCAGUAUUUCUAUUCUUUUCGGUCAAUGCAAGUGGACAAUUCUGUGGAAUGGCAGAAAUGGUUGGACCUGUAGAUUUUGAGAAUAAUGCAGAUCAUUGGCAGCAGGAUAGGUGGACUGGGCAGUUCCCCGUCCAAUGGCAUAUUAUCAAAGAUGUUCCUAACAGUCGGUUCCGCCACAUACUUCUUGAAAAUAAUGACAACAAGCCUGUUACCCAUAGCCGAGACACUCAAGAGGUGAAACUGGAACAGGGCAUCGAGAUGUUGAAAAUUUUCAAAGAGCAUGAUGCAGAUACAUCCAUCCUAGAUGAUUUUAGUGUUUAUGAUGAACGGGAGAAAGCCUUGCAAGAAAGAAAGGCCAGGCAGCGAGCAAGUUCAACAAAAAAUGAUCCAGUUAUACUUGCUGAUACCUCGAUAAAUCAACUCUCUGAUAACUUUUCUGAGACGCUCCAAUUGGAAAAUGGUAAAGAAGUGCGUAGAAAGGAACAGUAAUGGGCAGUAUAACUGAUUUCAUGAAGAAGAAAAAAAUAAUAACAACUGUAGGAUUUGACUAGCAGGAGUUAUAGCUGCAGGUAUAUUGGCUUCUGGGGUUGCUGUAAUCUGACAUUUUGAAGGCAAUUCUUUGAGGUGUAUAAGUCAUCUCCAACACACUGUAAACUAGGCCUCUCUCUUCCUUUUGGGAUCUUUUGAUAUUUCAAUAUUGAGAGCAAUUGGGUUAAUUCACGCGUUCUUAAGCGAGGCACAGGCAGGCAGGAGCUUACAUACUCUCUUUUCUCUCGUUUUAUCUUUUGAAUUGUUUUCUUUAGUUGUAGGUGGUGUCGGGGCAUAUGGGGCAAUUGAAGCAAGAUUGUCGUAGGAGUCUGAAUGUUAUGUGCCUGACACCACACCUGUUGUAAUUUUAGAUUUCUGAUUUAGUGCAGUGCAAUUACUAUAAGCUGCUGUGCAGAGGAAAGAUUUGUAAAAUUACUCAAAUUGGGUGGCAAUUUAUUGAAGCAAUGCGACAAAAAAAAUUUAGUUACAGAAAA